GUAAGAUUGAGAGAAGAAGGCAGAUCAUUGGUUAAAGUAUGGGAACGCUCUCAGGAUAAGCCAAUCAGAGGCAUUGCAGACCACCGGGUGGGAAAAAAAGUUAUGCGUCUGGUGUUGCAGUGUCAAGUUUGAGGAGAUGAAGUCAGUAUUCCUUCAAAAUUAAAACAUAGACGUAACAUUUGUUUGAUUUAUUUUAUGAAGUAAACUCAAAAUCUUUGAGUUUAAUGACUGUGGACAGACAGAAAUGUUAAUAAUGAUGGAAUUUUCCCUUUUUUUGUUGACCCCACUUUAAACCAAAGCUUUUUUUUUCAGCCUGACAUUACGUCUAUAUGAAAUAAAACUACAAUGUUUUCUGUGUCGAUUAGUUGACACAGAAAAAAAUGGAAGCGUUUUGAUAAAAACACUUUACAUCCAAUUAGUUCAACCUAAACUGACAUUAACUUAUAAUUGAAUUUUGAAUAAUUGCAAAUUUUUCUAACGGAAAAAAGGGGAUUUUAUUCUGAAACAUGUAACCGGAAGCUUGAUAAUUCAUUGCGGGGGGAAGACACUGACGUUUGCUAAUGUCCGGCCCAUUAGCUGAGAAAAUGGCCUCAUCGUAGUAAAAUACUAUUAUGUCCUUUGUAUUUAAACCUAACGUUCCGGAAGCCAGCAGACCCGGUCAUGUAAGAGAGUUGGUUGAUACAUUUGUCCGCGACAGUGACAUUAGUGAAGCAGUAUUCUACCGGGCAGCUCGGUAGCGUGUUCACUGACGUGAACGUUGGACCGGGGCAGUUGCGAGCAAUGACGGUCAGGAGGAGCACCAGCCGACAUCCCGGGAUGUGUGCGGUCCUACUCGCCAUCUUUUUACUGAUUCUGGGUGAGCAGGUGGCGCAGACCGCCUCUGACUACGACCCGUACAAAACCCUGGGGGUCGGCAGGGGCGCCAGUCAAGCAGAAAUCAAACGGGCGUACAAGAACCUCGCCAGGGAAUGGCAUCCAGACAAGAAUAAGGACCCAAAAGCUGAGGACACGUUCAUCAAGAUCUCUAAGUCAUAUGAGAUUUUGUCCAAUGAAGAGCGACGGUCCAACUUCGACCGCUACGGGCAGAUGGAUGAAAGCCAGCCCUUUGGCCAGUCACAGCAUCAUCACGGCUUCCGCAGCUUCCACAACAGCUUCUACUUCGAUGAGUCUUUUUUCCAUUUCCCCAGGUCCAGGGACUUUGCAGACAGCAAGUACCUGCUUCACCACGCACAUUUUAACAGCGACGUCCUUCCAGACAGCCACAAGAGGCCGUACCUGAUCAAAGUGACCUCCGAGUGGUGCUUCGCAUGCAUCCACAUUGAGCCUGUGUGGAAGGAGACGGUGAAGGAGCUGGAGCCGCUGGGUGUAGGCAUUGGCAUUGUGGACCUGGGUUUUGAGCGUCGCCUGGCCAACCAGCUGGGAGCUCACCGCGCUCCCUCCAUCAUCGGGCUGGUGAACGGCCGGGUGACCUUCUUCCAUCAAGCUGUGGUACGGGAACACCUGCGACAGUUCGUCGAAGACCUGCUGCCACACAAACUGGUCGAAAGGAUCACAGAUGACAACUACCUAUCUUAUCUGGAUAACUGGCAUGUGGAAAAUAAGCCCAGUGUUCUCUUGUUUGACCAAGUCCCCAUUGUUCCCCUGCUCUACAAAUUAACAGCCUUCGCCUUCAGAGACUACGUGCGUUUCGGCCAAGUGGACCAGGGCGACAAGCACUGCACUCGGCUCCUGCGUCAGUUCAAUAUAAAUACCUAUGCCCCCACCAUGCUGCUGUUCAAGGAGGACACGGAGAAGCCUGUUGACAUCAUCCAGGCCAGAGGGUUGAAGAAGCAGAUCAUGGAUGAGUUUGUCUCAAACAACAAGUUCCUGCAGGUGCCUCGGCUCGUCAACCAGCGGCUUUUUGAUGAGCUGUGUCCCGUCAAGCAGUUCCACCGACGGAGGAAGUACUGUGUGCUGCUGAUCACUGGGGAGGACCAAGCCUUUCUACCAGGCAACAAGGCUUUCGUCGACUUCGCCUCAGCCAAUAGAAAAGAGGUGUUGCGCUUUGCAUAUGUCUACCAGCGUCAGCAGCAGCCUCUCUGUCAGGCACUGCGCCACAAUCAGGCUGCACUGUCACCUCAGGUGGUGAUUCUCGAGAGGCGGAGCCAGGCCGGUAAGGUCCUGUACCGCUCCGUGAGUGGUGGCUGGAACGGCAGCGAGGAAGACAAGUACCGCCUCCACGAGCAGCUGGAGCUCCUUCAGAAGGACCCGACGUAUCUGAGCUCGGACGCCACUCUGCCCGAACUCAACAACGAGAUGGCCCCCAUUUUCAUUAUUCAGUGGAUGAAUGCUGCCUAUGAAUACAUCCUUCAAAUAUAUGAUGACCUUCUCUACUCAAACUGGCGAGAGAUGAUGCCCAUUCUGUCCUUGAUCUUCUCGGCUCUCUUCAUCCUUUUUGGCACCGUCAUCAUCCAGGCGUUCAGCGAGCCAGGUGAGAACAAACCCAGACAACCUAAGCCAAAGGAGCAACCGCAAACUGAGGACGAUGCAUCAAGUCGAGCAAGUAAUGCAAGCUGCCCUCCUAAGAAGGACUUUGUGGAAGUGACGGAGCUGACGGACAUCACGUACACCAGUAACCUCGUCAAGCUGAGGCCUGGCCACAUAAAUGUUGUACUGGUGCUCACCAAUGCCUCAAAGAAUGCCUUGCUCAGGAAAUAUGCCAAGGAGGUUUUCUCUUUCUCUGGGACCCAGACACUCCACUUCUCUUUCCUCAACGCUGAUAAGCACUGCUACUGGAUGCCAUCACUCCUUCGCUCAGUCUCUGACGCCGCAGAGAGUGAGGGCCAGUCAGACGAUGAGGAGGAGCCGUCAGACUACGCCGGACACGUCCUGGCCCUCAACGGCCACAAGAAGUACUUUUGCCUCUUUAGACCCGUUUUCACGGGGGACGACCCCAACGACUCCUCGUCUGAGACCUCGCUCUCCUCCGACAGCAGGAGAAAGUCCCGCUCCAGGUCCAGGUCUAGCUCCCACUCUCGAUCCCGGUCCCAUUCCAGGGAAGACGGGGCCCGCCCCAAGAGAGGCUCCAGCAGGGCCACCAGCAUAGAAGUGCACCAUAAGCUUGACAGACUGGGACUAUGGAUGGAAAGACUAAUGGAGGGCACCCUGCCCAGGUUACAGGUACCUGCAUGGCCCUCUCUCGAUGAGACCGCAAACAGAGACAGCUGAGGUCAAAGUAAGAUCGGUACAAGUGGCAGCACAGACACAUCAUGGUCUUUUCUCUAGAUUUAACUUCUUUAACAAGGAAACGGCAGUGUGUUACUGUUUUUCAAGUUAUUUUUUAAUUUCUUUUUCAUUGAGUUAAGUUUCUGCACUGAGCAUUUUCAUCUGUUACAGUGUGUAGCAGUCGGAAAUCAAUGGUUUCGCGUGGUGUGCGACAACACACCUUUAAAAUGCACCUGUGUGCGUCUCUAAAACAUGAGACAAACACAUGUUGAGGCAAAGGCUGAGCUGUAGACAUCACAUUGUGUCCUCUGUACAGAGACAUACACAGUCAAACUUCACACACACACACACACACGGGAUGUACGUUGUGAACUAGCUACAGUUCCUCGUGUUGUUUUCUUACUUUUGUCUCUGUACACGUAUAAGGUGAAUUCACACAGCAUGGGAUAAGUGCAAUUUUAUUUUUUCCGAUAAAACUACUUAAAACCAUCUAGAGCAUCUAAAAUGUGCUUUGAGACAGCCCUCUCUCAUGAGGUUGGCAUUAUGUUCGUCUAAUGGAGAAUCGGGCUGUGUGAUCGGUUCUCCACCUGUGCUUUCUUUAGAAGCAGGUGAAUGAACUGAGAAUAGAAGAAUUUAGAGAGAGAAGAGAAUAAGGACAUGAAAAAGAGUUAGAGUUAAUGAUAAAUCAUCUGUUUUUGUGAACUUUUCGGAGCCUUGAGAUGAACCUGAUAGUUGACCGUUUGUUUUUCUAGUAGAUCCGUCACAACCUUCUUGAUUCCAGGUAUAAAGACGAGUUCCCAGCAUGAUAAAAAAAAGCAAUAAUCGACUUAUUCACAUAACACCAUUACAUUUCAUCAUAUUUGUCAUGAAGGAUUUGUGAUCGGGGUUCUUCCUGAGGCUUCUUUGCUCACACCAGGUUGCCAUGCCUUGCUCCUCUUUUUGUUUGAAUAUUUGUUAAGUGGCAUCCAGAAUGCUGAAGUUUGCAGUUUUGUCUUUACAGUUUCUUUUUAUAUGAGCCUGAUUUCACUUAUUUUUUCAAGCUGGUAAUUUUUCUGAAUCAGGGAGAAGCGAUAAAUCCGACCGUACUUUCCAACCACUGUAAAUGUUAAUGCAUGAAUUUAGCAGAACAACAACAAAAAAUCACUAAAAAAUGCUUAGUGAAUUCGCAUUGGCAAAAAUGUUUGUCUACCUUGGUCUCCUGCAAUUUAAUAAUUUGCGGCUCAAGAAAUAAUAUUUUCCGUACACUGUAAUUCGGUGGUUUAUUUUCUCAUGUUCUUUGAAGUUUACAUCCAUAUCCAACCAUAAGAUAAAACGUGUAACUUAUGAAAGAAACUCCUUUUAAAAAGUUUAUUUAUUAAAAUAUGUGGAUGAGUUUGA